CAGCGCGGUGGCCGCGCUGCUGCUGAAGCGGAGAGGUUACCACGUGACAGGAGUGUUUAUGAAGAACUGGGACUCGCUGGAUGAACAUGGUGUUUGUGCUGCUGACAAAGACUUGACUUUUUGAAUGAGUAUGAGAAGGGGAGGACCCCCAACCCUGACAUAGUCUGCAACAAGCACAUCAAGUUCAGCUGCUUUUAUCACUAUGCUGUGGAUAAUCUUGGAGCAGAUGCCGUUGCCACUGGCCACUACGCAAGAACCUCACUGGAAGACGAGGAAGUUUUUCAGCAGAAGCACGUUAAGAGGCCAGAAGGGCUUUUCAGAAAUCGAUUUGAAGUUAGAAAUCGUUCCCCAGGAUGCCCUGAGAAGAACCAUCUUCCCUCUGGGGGAGUUAACAAAAGAUUUUGUAAAGAAAAUAGCUGCAGAGAAUAGGCUCCAUCAUGUGCUUCAGAAGAAAGAGAGCAUGGGCAUCUGCUUCAUUGGUAAAAGAAACUUUGAGCAUUUCAUUCUUCAGUAUUUGCAGCCUCGGCCUGGGAGGUUUAUUUCUGUCGAGGACAAUACAGUUCUAGGAACACAUAAAGGAUGGUUCCUGUAUACUUUGGGCCAGAGAGCUAAGAUCAGCGGCUUGAAAGAGCCCUGGUACGUGGUGGAAAAGGAUGGCAGCAAGGGCGACGUGCUUGUGGCCCCCCGGACAGACCACCCAGCCCUGUACAGGGACCUGCUCAGGACCAACCGUGUACAUUGGAUUGCUGAGGAACCACCUGCAGUCCUGAUCCGAGACAAGAUGAUGGAAUGCCAUUUCCGAUUCCGCCACCAGAUGGCGCUAGUGCCCUGUGUGCUGACUCUCAAUCAGGAUGGCACUGUGUGGGUAACAGCUGUGAGGGCUGUGCGGGGCCUUGCCCUGGGACAGUUUGCCGUGUUCUACAAGGGUGACGAAUGUCUGGGCAGCGGGAAGAUCUUGCGAUUGGGGCCAUCUGCCUACACACUCCAGAAGGGCAAGGGCAGAACCAGAGCGGCUCCCGAGGGCUCUGGUGACAGUCCACAUCCUGACGAAGGCUGAGCUUCUGGGAAGAGAUAUUAGACCAGAGCCUGGGGUAGGUUGGUCAGUGAUGGGCUUGGUGAUGUCAGAACCAGGGGCAUGUAGAGCCAGGGCAACCUAAGGAAGGACUGUCCCUGCAUCGAACCUCUGGCAGCCCAGAAGCAUAUGCUGGCUGGUGGGUCUUCCUUGAGAGUGUGUGGAGAGCUUUCACAGCACUCUGGGAUUGGGACGUGAAUGCUCCGAGAUCCUACGGAGGAGCAGGAGCGGGGGACAAAGGAAUCCCCCGCCACAUGCAUCCAGAGGACGUGUGGAGGCUCACAGGCUGCAGGAACAGCAUCAAUAAAAGCUCUGUCUGGAAUAAAGAGUCUGGCCACUGUUUCCAAGGACACAGGAAGCCUGGGUGGGCUGUUUCAAGGCACUGCAACACUGACCCUCAAGCCGUGUGGCAGGGUAGGUUUCAAGGCACUGCACCACUGACCCUCAAGCCGUGUGGCAGGGUAGGUGUUGUACAAGGGAAGAGCUGUACUCCUGCCGCUCCUCCCUGGGGCCUGAGUGCUCCAAGGGGAAGGCUGAGUCCUCAGACUGCUCUCUGUUCGAAGUGAGCAUAAGGUAUCCCUUUCCCCGACAGUGCCCACACCAGGUGGAACCCAGCAUUUUCCUGUCAGCUUGGCUCUGGGUUGAAGUGGACGUGUCAAUCCACUGCUGAGCUCUGAGAGGUGGACAAGCAGGUGUGAGGAAGACCCACUGGAAAAGGACGUUUAGCGGGAGUCUUCAUGGGUUAUUUCUCUGGGCUGAGGGUAGUCCUGUGUGCAUCAGCACCAGGUGAAGACCCUGGGAGGGGCCUAAGAAGGAGACCUGUGAGUCAAAGGAAGGGGGUGCCCACUGCUUUCUGUACCCAGUUUUCCCCAGGGGUGGUGCCCGCUGGCAGACAGUAUAGGUUCCUGCGGCUCUGGGGGAAACCCAUCUUUCUGGACAGGAACUGAGGGCCCUAGGAGGAGAUGGCUGGAUAGAGCACUGCCACCCCUUGACAGUGGACUUGGCCUUGGAACCCAGCGCCAGGCUCCCAAGAGAAGGUGAUGGAUUUGAGCCCCAAGAUGACCCAGAUGUUCACAUUACCAGAGGGGAGAACACCAUCCUACCAGGCCCAGAGGAAGGAGGGUACAGAUAAAUGCACAGCAUGAGGAGGAACCAGGCUGUAAAACUGAAAGUUACUUUCCAAAAGUUACAAUUGGGAAAUCGCCACGCUGUAGCAGUCUGCACAUGAAUAAAGUUUUGAUACUCCAUGGGCCUGUCAUCACAUAAAGGGGCCUGAGCUCCCCUCAACAGUCCCUCCCAUGCCACCUUAGAGAGCUGGAACAGGGACAGCCAGACAGGGAGAAUGGCCAGCGUAGCGCAGGUACAAAUCCAGAAUCUUAAUUUAUUGUAGACUCUUAUCUGUGUUGUCAUUCCAGUGCUGAACAUUAAUAAAUACACAUCUGUUAAAACCUCCAGUGUCUGAUGUCUAUAAAGUCUUAAGUCAUAAAAAUAGCCUUAAAUCUUUCCUGUCUUAAUAAAACGACAGUUUUUUGGUAACAAUUCAGAUCAAAUAAACUUCGCCUUCGGGUCAACCCCAGGCUGUGGGACUGUAAGGGUUCACAG